UAGGUCAAGAUGGCGCGCGCAUUUGUGGGAAUGCGGCAACGAGCGCUGCGGAUCCAAUCCACAUUGUCCGCGCGCUCGAGGUCCGUCGUCACAGUCUCUUCCAGCCUCGACUUAGAUUCCGACCUCGCAUUACAGGAAGCGCGGACCUGGGACCAGGGUCUCGAAUCCCAGUUCGCCACAACGCCGCUCUCCCAGAUUUUCAAGGACAAGCGUGUUGUCAUCUUCGGUACUCCAGGCGCGUUCACGGGUGUCUGCACCAAGGGUCACGUCCCCAGCUACACCAAGAACGUCGAGCAGCUGAAAUCCAAGGGCGUCGACUCCGUCAUCUGCGUCGCGGUGAACGACCCCUACACCAUCAACGCCUGGGCCGAGAAGAUGAAUGCAAAAGGCAAGAUCCAGUUCUUCGCCGAUUUCGACGGUAGCUUCCACAAAUCUCUGGGCUUGGAGUGUGAUUUGAGCAAGGCGCUGCUUGGCCUUCGUUCGCAGAGGUGGUCAGCAUUUGUGGACGAUGGUGUGGUGAAAGUCCUCAAGGUGGAAAAGGUUCCUUCGGAGCUCAAGGUUAGCGAUGGCGAGACGAUGAUCAAAGCCAUCCAUUAAAGCAGGGAGACGAACGAGACAGUGUUUAUAUUAAACUGGAUUACUUAUAAAAACCAACGUACUGUUGUGUUAAAUACUUUUACCGGCAGUUUGACCUUGA